ACAGAAGUAUCCCUUGAAAAUGAAUCUAUAUCCCGUAUCUUACAUUAUUCCCUGAAAAAUGAUUCGAAAUCCGUAUCUUAGACUUUUGUUUUGUAUGAAAUUUUUUCACUUGGGAUAUCAUCCAACCGAUUCGAUGUUGCGCAGUUGUUCCUAGUUCCUACUGCUCACACUUCAUUAUACGGUCUACCAUUAUCAGUGAUUGCCUUUCAGUUCUUCAGCUCAAAUAUUCAAUAUUCAAUAUUCAAUUUGUAUCUCUUCCAUCGUAGAUUAAAGAAAUGAAACCCGAAAUUCAAAUCAGAAAAGAACCCUCCAGCUAAUGCACAUCUCCACCAAGUUCAUAAUUUUACUUAGGGUUUCGAAGUAUGGCCAGACAGUCUAUGGGGUGGAACCCGUUUAAUCAGAAGAGAUGGCUAUUGAUGUUUCUCCUCCUCAUAUUCUCAAUCUCCACUGUUAUAGUAUUCAUUAUAAGGCCGGCGUUCAAUUGUGAUUGGCAAAAGCAGUAUUACCAGGGAACUGAUGAUACUCAGAUCCAUUUAACUUCACCAACUGGAAAGAAUCAAAAUCCACUGGAAUUCAUGAAUUCGAAGCUCGUUUUAUUGGUUUCUCAUGAGCUCUCUCUUUCAGGCGGACCAUUGUUAUUGAUGGAGCUAGCAUUUUUGUUGAGAAGUGCUGGUGCCAAAGUUGUAUGGAUCACCAACAGAAUUCAAACAGAACAAGAUGAUGUGAUACACAGUUUGGAACAUAAGAUGCUGAGCCGAGGAGUGCAGGUCCUUCCAGCAAAUGGCCGUGAAGCUGUGGAGACAGCUAUAAAGGCUGAUUUGGUUGUUCUAAACACUGCUGUUGCUGGGAAGUGGCUUGAUGCUGAACUUAAAGAACAUGUGCCUCUUGUUCAUCCAAAGGUUUUGUGGUGGAUACAUGAAAUGCGAGGGCAUUAUUUUAAACUAGAGUACGUUAAGCACCUCCCUUUUGUUGCAGGUGCUAUGAUUGAUUCACAUACAACGGCAGAAUACUGGAACAACAGGACCCGGGAGCGUUUAGGGAUUAAGAUGCCCCACACUUAUGUUGUUCAUCUUGGGAAUAGCAAAGAACUAAUGGAUGUAGCUGAAGAUAGUGUGGCUAAAAGGGUUUUACGAGAGCAUGUUCGGGAGACUCUUGGUGUGCAGAAUGAAGACAUACUUAUUGCUAUUAUUAACAGUGUUUCACGUGGGAAAGGUCAGGAUUUAUUUCUCCGCUCCUUCCAUGAAAGUUUGCAAAUGAUCCAGGAGAAGAAGUUACAUGUGCCAAUGAUGCAUGCUGCAGUAAUCGGGAGUGAUAUGAAUGCCCAUACUAAAUUAGAAAUGGAUCUUAGGAAGUUCGUAAUAGAAAAGGGAAUUCAGGACCGUGUUCAUUUUGUCAAUAAAACCCUGACUGUUGCUCCUUACUUAUCUGCGAUUGAUGUGCUUGUUCAGAACUCUCAGGGCAGGGGUGAAUGCUUUGGCAGGAUAACUAUUGAAGCUAUGGCAUUUCAGCUGCCAGUAUUGGGAACUGCAGCAGGAGGCACUACCGAAAUUGUGGUAGAUGGAUCAACAGGUUUGUUGCAUAGUGUUGGGAAAGAAGGUGUCACACCUCUUGCAAAGAACAUCGUCCAACUUGCAACCAAUCCCGAGAAGAGGAUGAGUUUUGGAAAGAAAGGUUACGAGAGGGUUAAAAGUAGGUUUAUGGAAAGACACAUGACAGACAGAAUUGCUUCAGUUCUUAAAGAAGUGCUGCAGAAAGCGAAGAAGGAUCUACUUUCUUGAUACAAGAUCACUGUAGAGAAAAAAAAUACUCAGGACUCAGACUCACAAAGAUCUGCUCCGUAAUCCAAUUAGAUUUUUACGUAUCUUAGGAUUGCUCUGAGUGAUCAAUUAGGGUCUGAUUAACGCAAUCUAUGUACCAGCGGGAUGAUCAUUUGAAAUGUGUAGAUUAGUUUCGAGUCAGCUGAAAAUUUUGUGCUGUGGUUGCUGGUUAUAUUAGAAUGUUCGAUAUUUUCCAGGUUAUAUAUAAAGUAAGAGCUUGUUA